CUCCGUUGGCAAGGCACAGGCCCGCACGUGACGCCCAUGUCAUCGCACAUAAGGGUCCAUGCGAUCACCCCGUCAACCAUAGUGUAAACAAUAUUUAUUCGAACAGGAGCGCUGCUGUCACCACCUCUGCCACACCCACCUCUGCAUCUCUCCGCCUGGUCACCCGCCAGUCUGCACACAACCCAAUUACUUCGAAUCAAUACUACGAGCAUCGAAUACGCCAUUGCCUAAAUACUAAUUUUUAUAUACAACUACAGCACGCACGAAAAGCAUCUUCACAAGAACACCGCAGCCAUGGCCAGUCCAGCAGUCCUGACUCCGGUCAAGAGCCGCACGUCGGUCCUCUCCUCCCGUACCGCUGGCGGUCGGAUGCCCUUGACGCCUUCUCCCCACACGCCCCGCUCCCAGACGCUCGAUGUGCAGGCGCACGAGUCGAUCCAUGGCGGCAACCUCAUGGCCCGCUUCCAGCGCUCCAUCUCCAAGAAGUCAAUGCGCGACUCGCCCAAGUCCAACAUCGCCAAGACCAGCUCACCGCGCCGCCUCGACCUCGGCGUGUCGGAGUGGUCGCUCACGGGAUCCGGCAAGCCCACGACGGCAAAGGUAGCAAAGCCCGUCAAGGCCACCAAGACAGCAAAGACGCCCAAGGCCAAGAAGGACAACCUCCGCCCCCGACCCACCAAGACGCGCAUCACAUACAACUCGGCCGACCGCUUCAUCCCCAACCGGACGGCAAGCGAGGCCAUCUGCAACGUCGGCACAGGCAAGAUCGACCUUGAGCAGCGCCCAAAGUCUAGCUCCAAGGCCGAGGGCUCUACAGUGCUGGCCAGUGCUGCGAGUGCUUUCGACCUCGGUGGCCGUGGAUCCGAGGAGGACGUCGCGCUCUCACUCGAGGGCCUCACACUUGACGACGACGAGGAAGACAGCCAGCCCCGCUCAAAGGCAGCCCCAGAGACCGCCGCCUACCAGUCCACGCUUGCAUCAGCAUGCGGCAUCAACACUAACACUCGCAUUCUUGCCUUCAAGCCCGCCGCUCCGGAGUCGUCAAGGCCAAUCGACCUCCGCUCACAGUACAACCGUCCUCUCAGGGCUGCCAGCAGCGUCAACGCACAGAGCCGUCGCCGCAUCCCAUCAGCACCUGAGCGAGUCCUCGACGCCCCUGGCCUUGUUGACGACUACUACCUCAACCUCCUUGACUGGUCUUCUGGCAACCAGGUCGCCAUUGGCCUCGAGCGCUCUGUCUACGUCUGGUCUGCCGACUCUGGCUCCGUCGCCUCCCUGUUCGAGUGCGCAGCCGACACCUACAUCUCCUCCGUGAAGUGGUCAGGUGACGGUGCCUACGUCGGUGUUGGCCUUGGCACAGGUGAGGUCCAGAUCUGGGACGUCGAGGAGCAGACCAAGCUCCGCAGCAUGUUCGGCCACGAGACGCGCGUUGGUGUCAUGGGCUGGAACAAGCACCUUCUCUCUACCGGCGCUCGUUCCGGUCUCGUGUACAACCACGACGUUCGCAUUGCUCAACACAAGGUUGCCGAGCUCGUCUCGCACACUGGCGAAGUCUGCGGUCUUGAGUGGCGCGCCGACGGUGCUCAGCUCGCGACUGGUGGAAACGACAACAUGGUCAACAUCUGGGAUGCGCGUUCCCUCACAGCCCCCAAGUUCACCAAGACCAACCACCGUGCUGCCGUCAAGGCUCUCGCCUGGUGCCCUUGGCAGUCAAACCUCCUCGCCACUGGCGGUGGUUCCAACGACCGACAGAUCUACUUCUGGAACACCACCACUGGUGCUCGCAUCAACCACAUCGCCACCGACUCCCAGGUCACCAGCCUGCGAUGGAGCACUCACUACAAGGAGAUCGUGAGCAGCGGUGGCUUCCCCGACAACAGCCUGAGCAUCUGGAGCUACCCAACCGGCGUCAAGAACAUGGAGAUCCCCGCCCACGAGUCUCGUGUUCUGCACAGCUGCCUCAGCCCUGAUGGUCAGAUGCUCGCCACCGCCGCUGCGGACGAGUCUCUCAAGUUCUGGAAGGUCUUUGAGAAGAAGCCCGGCCAGCCUUCCGUAGCUGCUGCUGGUUCUGCUUCGAUGAAGCCCAGCGCAACGAAGCAGAUGACCAUCCGUUAAGGCAUAUCAUCUAAAUGGGCUUAAUCAUA